GGGGGGGGGGGGGGGGGGGGGGGGGGGGGCUGCAGAUCUCCCCAGGAUACUACAUUCAGGUUCUUCAGAUUAUGAUACUAUGGGGACCAAAAGGCCCAGCUGCACCCUCUUUGACACUUUAUCUAACAUAAACACAUCUGACCGCAAGCUUCAGCCAGGUGGAAAAAUCUCCCGUGAUCCAAGUCCCAGACCAGCCAUGACUGCCCAUUCGGAGCGCGAGAGAGAUGGCAACCGAGAGGAAGACUGGAGGAGAGAAAGAGAAGCUGAGAAAAUGAGGGACAAAGUGAGAUACAAAGAUGAGGAUCCACGGGAGAGAUACUAUGAAAGAGACCGUGCUCCUGCGCCCCGGCCGAGAGAGGGGGAAAGAGAGUGGAGGGAUAGGAGGCAAGAAGAUGACCGGAGCAGAAAUGGGAGGCCUCUGUCGAAUCUCGAGAGGGAGACUGAAAGGGAGGUGGAGAGGGGGAUGAAGAAAGGUGACACAUUUCCCAGAGUGAGAAAAAGCAGCCCAGGUCAUGGCAGAAAAGUGAUGCCCACCACUGUGAUGGAUGAAGAUAGAGGGGAAAAGAGGCAGAGAGAUAGGCCGAAAAGAAUAGAGACGGAUGUUUGGGAGAGAGAAAGGCAGAGAGAGAGGUACAGAGAGAGGGAAAGAGAUGAGAUCCGAGGCAGGGCAAAGGAAGACGGAAAGAACACUGCAAGAAGACCUGUAGAAGAUGAGAAGUUGCGACAGAGGGAAAGAUAUCAGGAGUUUGAUGUUCAGGACAGGAAAAGAGACGGAGGUGAUUCAUGGGACAGAAGAGAGUGGGAUGCAGCUAGAAAAAGAGAAAAGCCAAGGCCUAACAUGGAAAUAAGGGAGGCCAGGGUGCCCUCUCCACGCAGGAGAAGAGACAGAGAGAUCUAUUCAGAUAGGAAAGAGAGGGAAAAGGCGCAAAAGAGAGAGGGAAGAAGAGACACCAGGAGUGAAGGAGACAAUGACGAGAGAGAGCUAAGGAGGCAGCGAGAGGGGGUCAGAGACAGGGAGGAGUUUACAUAUCAACAAAGCAGAAGUGAGGGGGACACCAUGGGCAAAACAGAGAGGGAGAGAGAUAGAGAUAGGCAAAAAUACAGGGGCGAGGACAGACAGAGAUACAGAGACAGGGACAGAGAAAGAGAAGUGGAUCGAUCCAGGAGAAGGGGAGUGGAGAAAGAUAGGGAGAGGUACAGAGAGGUGGACCGGAGACCAGAAAGGAAGGGAGAAAGAUGGAAGGAACGUGUGGAAGAUGUGAAGGAUGACAGGAGAGGGGAUGGUAGAUACAGAGAGUAUGAGGAGAGAAGAAGCAGGGAAACAAAGGCAAGAGAGGAAGAUCCUCAGUGGGAUGAUACAACAGGCAGAGUCAGCCGAUCCCAGAGCGAGAUGGCUCCUCGGGUACCGCCACGAGCCCAGAGCGAGAUGGCUCCUAGGGUACCACCACGAGCCCAGAGCAGCGGAGAGUGGAGCACUACUGAAAGUGACAAAGAUUUAGAAGAGCAGAGAUGUCUAGAAAUAGCUGCUGAGAGGGAGCGAAAAAGAAGAGAGAGACAAGAGCGAGAUAGAGGAGAUGCGUCAGGUAGCGUGCCAGAACAGAGAAGGAUGUGGUUAGAACCACAGAGGGGGAAGAAUAAUAAAGACAACUUGGUAGACAGAGAGAGACACAGAAGGGGGGAGGAGAGGAGGAGAGAACACGACAGGGAAACGGAGUCAGUGGCCGAGUGGGGAAGAGAGGGGCGGGGAGUAAAAGAGGAACCAGAUGAGAGGUACUUGGACCAAAGCAGUUACAGAGGAAGACAUGGAGAAAGAAACGAGUACAGGAGAGAAAUCGAGAGGGAGUCAGAGGGUGUAAGCGUAGAUGGAGAGGGGGUGGGGGUGGGUGAAGCCUGGAUACUAGCAGAUAAGAGAGGAAAGGAACAUCUGUCUGACAGCGAUGGUGGGAUAGAGGGAAGCCAGCGGAGGGAUGCAGAGGGAGACAACGUGACAGAUAACACAGAGGAGAGUGACAGAGAGGAAGAGGGUGGGAGUGAUUAUUGGGUCCGUUCCGACAGCGAAGGAGGAAGUGAGACAGGGUGGAGGCAAGAGAGAGACAGAAUGUUGUCAGGAGAAGACGGUUUUGUGACAGUGUCCAGCGGUGGAGAACGAGAGGAAGAUGAAGAGUUCGAGGACUGUCAGGAAUUUUGGGAAAGUGGAAAGUCCUAUGAUGACCCCUCACCUCUUGCCUUCAAGGAGCAUGAGGAAGACGAGGAGAGGGAAAAGGGAUGCAGGGAUGCUGUUGCUGAAGACCAACAGGAGAGGGAAAAACAGCCAAAGUAUGUCUUCUGUGUGGUUGGGCAAACUUUGCCCCGGUCAAAAACUAGCGUGACAUCACCGUCACAAGUUGGUCAGAUGACGGGAAUGGAAAGAGACAGCCUGCAUCAUUGUGUUGAUGACGCCACACAGCAACCUCAGGAUGACCCGCGUCUGACACUGAGCAGAAAUGAUGAAUACCCGACUAUCAACAGCCGCGACACAGAGAGCAAGAGUGAGCGUAACUUGCCAAGAGAGGAAAGGGCAACCUUGGAAGAAACAACUGAGGUGGAUAUCAGAUACAGAGUGUCACCAGAGCUUCAAGACACAGAGACUGGAGUGGGAAUGAAGUGCAAAAAGGAACACCCGUAUGCUGAAAUAGGGCCGAUUCAGAGAGACUCGCAGACUGAAAGACUCCUCUUAGAGUGGAGAGAGAAGAAUAAAGAAGUGGUGGAAAGCAAGAGUGAGCAAUCUUCACCACUCCCAAAUAAUCCCUAUGCUGAUGUUUGGUCUCAGGUGAACUUUGAACAAAUUCAACCCAUCUUGGAUGGGAUUAACACUGGAGUAAUGAGCCCAGAAGAGGUGGAGGCCAUACGCAUCCGAAUGAGCGGAGCGUGGAGCAUGUCCGAAGAACCCAAGCGGCAUUCCCAAGCACCCCACCUUAAAUGGGCCAAAAAUGUUGUGCGGGAGAUACUUGGACAGUCAGAUGAACGAGCUGUAGAUGGACCUGAGUUACAAGGAGACCAGGGGGUCAACCAGUGUGACACCAAACAACAGGAGGAGGUUGCACAAGAGACUGAAGAGAUGCCUGAUGUUAUGCUGAGAACAGACAAACACUCAGAGCCAGAGCUGGAGGAGGAAGAGCCGCUGGAGGUAGAGGGAUUGAGAGGUAUGGGGCAGAGCAAAGCCGACAUGCAUGCUGACCAGUUCACUGCUAUGCAUGGUGACACACCUACAUACACUCAUGCUGACACACUAGACACAGAAGGGAAGGAGGAUCACAGUACGGACAAAGAGACUGAGCCCUCUGGUCAACUUCAGCCUGAACAGGCAGAAAUAGAAAUAAAAAUUGGCGAGGAGGUAGGUGAUGAGGUUAAGUUAUUAGAAAUGGAAAGAGAAACAAGUAGAGAGAAGGAAGUGGAGUUGUAUUUAUCUGUGAGCAACACGUUGUACAAGCCGAACAGCUGCCCUAUUCUUAAUUAUGAAACUGGGUCUGAACCUCUCAUUCCCUCCAGAGAGGGUGAGGGCCAGGAGGUGGAGGACGAAAGUGAAGAAGAAGAAGAAAGACAGGGAGAGGAGCCUGAAGAGGGGGAUAAAGUAGAGGAAGAGAGUGAAAUUAGUGAGGAAGAGAGAACUGAGGUGGAUAAAGGAGAGGGGGAGGUGGUGGCAGAAAAAAAAGCGGGGACUCUGUCAAGCACAUGCAGUUUCCGAGAUUUGGGACCUGAGGCUCGAUUACGAAGAAGGGGAAUCCGUAAAACCACUGAAAGAAGAAAAAGAGUGCCUUUAGAGGCGCAAGAAGAAGAAGGUGUUGGAAGGGACCGCAGAACCAGAAUAUUCUCUACAACAGAUGAUGAGGAUGAUCGGAGCAAAAGCUGGGGAGAAGUGGAGCUGAGGAAUGUUUUGGAGUCAAUCGACAAACGGAAAAGGAACUCAAGGUUUUUCAAUGCUGCUCAGCUCUACCAGCAAUACAGCGAGGCCGCCCAGAACUUUGAGAUCCUGCGUCAGGCUCGCUCCGAUGUCACCUCCGUGUGUGAGGACAUUACCCCAGCUCCUGCUCCCUCAGUUGCACCUGCGUGCAGACCUCUUCCUCCCAUACCUCCUGUCCAGCACCCCCACUCAUUGUUCCACACAGGCUCCAUCACCAGUGUCAAAAGCUUGCCUCUCCCUGAGCCCCCCAAGAGUGAACGCAGGCCUUCAUCCCCACGUCUAUCCGCCUGUCUCACACAGUCAGCUGCCCUGUGGCGGGAGCUGCCGGGGGUCAGGAACAGUGCUCAGCUGGAGGAGCUAUCAGAGGACGAAACGCGAUUACAGGAGGUGCGAUUUGAGGUGGUAACCUCAGAGGCCUCCUACUGCCGGAGUUUGGACAUUGUUGUUGAACACUUUGUCAAGUCUAAACAGCUGGGGGCGCUGUUAACCACUCAGGACAGGAACUGGCUGUUUUCCCGGCUGGCAGAUGUUCGUGCCAUAAGUCACAGUUUUCUAUCAAAGCUGGAGGAGCGGGUGGAAUCAGACAUCAUGAACUUUACCGUUUGUGAUAUCAUCGCUCGGCACUGUCAGCGCUUCAAAAUGGUUUAUGUGCCCUACCUCACCAACCAAUCCUAUCAGGACGCCACCUACCAGAGACUCAUGAAUGAGAAUCCAGGGUUCAAACGGAUUGUGGAAAAAUUAGAAAGAAGUCCUGUUUGCCAGAGGCUUCCUCUUCGUUCCUUUCUUGUCCUUCCUUUCCAGAGGAUCACAAGAAUUAAGCUGCUGGUCCAGAACAUUGUGAAGAGAACAACUCCUGGUACUCCAGAGGCGACACAGGCCAUCAAAUCUUUGAAACUUCUGGAGAAGCUGAUUCAAGAGAGUAACGACAGCAUCACUCAGAUGAAAAGCAUCGAGUCUCUGGUCUCCCUUAGUGCGAAGGUGGACUUUGAGUGCAGGACACUUCCUCUGAUCAGUCAGUCUCGGAGGCUGGUGCGAGAAGGGCCGGUCACCGAACUAAUGGAUUUCAGUCGAAAGGAUAGAGAGAGGAAUAUUUAUUUGCACCUAUUCAAUGACUACUUGCUAGUUUCACUACAAAAAGAGGGAGGAAGGUUCACAGUAAUCGAACACUCUCCUGUAUCAGACCUGCGUGCAGAGAACUGUCGUGUCAAACUUCACUCCCUCCAGAAAAACCUGUUCAGGCUGCACAUGUCAAAUGAAGCCCUGUUUCUACGGACUGACACACAGAGCGAUAAGCUACGUUGGAUAUCUGCCCUUUCACGGCCACAUCCUGAAAUAGAUUUUUCUGCUGCACAAGAUUUUACACAAAUGCAGUGUAUCCGAGCGUUUGUUGCCCAGCAGCCCGAUGAGCUGUCGUUGGAAAAAGCUGAUGUCAUUCUAGUGCACCAACAAAGCAGUGACCAUUGGGUAGAGGGGACAAGACUGUCUGAUCGGCAUCGUGGCUGGGUGCCCGAGUCUCAUUUGGAAACCAUAAGCAACUCUAGAGUCCGGGAACGCAACUUGUCAGAUGCUCUCAAACUGACAACAGCCACCGCUGCUGUUUGACAAGGACACUCAGAGAGGGACUAAAAUAAAUGGACGCACAGUCAAGGAUAAGACUCGGCUGUCUGCCUCAAACUGCUGGAAAAAAUACUAUGGACAUUCAGUGCGAGAGUGUUGGAUUCUGUGUGCAGUAACUGAAACGCUGAAAAGAAUGCAUUUCAACGUAGCGCUGGGUCUCACUUGUUUCACGCGGUGGAACAAUACAUUGCCUUAGAGCAAUGCAUGAACCGCUGAGGCCUGCCUGAGACAUGUUAGGACUAUGUGACAUGUGAUUAACUGUUGCCUACAGUACAUUACAGACAUCUUGUGUACUUUAAUACAUCAUGAACUGGUGUUUAAAGCAAAAUAGUUUUAAAAGUUGUUUUUCCAAAAAUGUAUUAUUAUUUGUGUAUAUUGAACAGAAUAGUUGAUUUAAAUGAUGCAUGUGUAUUGAAAAGUUGAGCCCUGCAUGCAGGAGAGCUGACGGAGAUCAUGCAAAAUGUACGAGAUGCACAGAACCUGCAGAGUGAUGACAUUUCAAUAAAUAAAUCCCUUUUUGAACAUCUCAUCUAA